AUGGGAGCCUCGCCCGCAUCGGGCCCCAACGCCGUCGCCGGCCCCUCUUCGGCUCCAGCAAAGCAGCCUCCGAGGCAGUUGCCUCGUCUCGAGCGGCCGACCGGCAGCCCUUUGCCGAGGAGGUCGCACCUCAAUCUUCGCAACCCGGCCGGAGUCAACAUCAUGCUCGUCCAGCGUGACAAGACGAUCAUGUCGGUCAGCGCGGAUCGACGCUUUCCGAAUCUGGCUGUGACCCAGUCGGUCGACGAGCUCGAGGCCAUUCUCGGAUGUCCGCUUGUUAUCGGCGGCACGACUCUCUCGGCAGCAGAGAAAGCACGCAUUCGCGGCGAGCCCGGAUUCGCAGUACUGGCCCACUAUGUGGUCAGGCUCAUCCUCGAGCAGGAUCGAGGCGCGACAGCAGCAGAAGGAGCCGCAAUCAUCGAGGAGUUCCGGCGAGAGCGGGAGAAGGCGCCGGAUCACGUUGAGAAGACGCGUCCUCUCAUCAAGACCAAUCGCCAGGUCUCGCAGGGCCGCGUGUACUACUACACAAAGGUCACAUACGCCGACAGAGAGCUCUCAUUCCGCCAGGUCGACGAGGGCACCGAGAACGACAUCGGCCGCCGACUCUUCGACGAGCUGACGGCUCAGGUCGACAACGACGAUAACCCGGAUUCGCAAGCGAUCUGGCGCCGGGUCUCAGCUCGGUAUCAGCCGAGCGUCCUCGAGCUCGCCGACAAGUUCCUCGCCGGCGAGCAAACCGGUAUCCCCACAUACAAAGCGGUGCAGAGCCGCAUCCGCGCGCACCAGUGCCCGGCGCCUGGCUUUGCAACCGCCGACACCGACCUCUUCUACUGCUGGCGCGUCGGCGCGGCGUUCCCAGCGCUGAGAGCGCUGUUCGAGCGGCCCGACCUUCAUCAUGGCAAGUACGAAGGGCUGAAGGCGACCUCGAUGGGGAGCCCAUUCGCCUGUCGAUUCCACGCCGCGUGGCUGGCCGUCCAGAGCUUUAUGCUCGGUGGCUGGUCGCACAUCACGUCGGUGGCCUUCACGGAGGUUCGGCAUCCGGCGACAUUCCUUCCACCAGUGAAAGUCGAUCAGCUUUUCGACGUCGACCUCGCCACCGACAUGCACGUACCGCUGCCCCUGGUCGGCGAUGAAAAGACGGCCGCGGCGCUCGUGGCUUACCUGCUCGGUGCAGGGCCCCCGCCCCACCCGCUCUACGCAGUCGCCGACGACAUUGUCAAGCCCCGACCGAGCGACGACGACCCCUUCGACCUGCGCUCGCUCCUCGACGAUGGCUACGUUCGUUAUCUAAACCUCCUCUGCGCCCUGCAGUUGCGCAAGCCUUCCGUCGACAAGGAGGUCCGGUUCGCCGUGAACGAGGCAGGCGCCCUUUACCAGCACGGCGUCGACAACAUCAAGAUCACGACCCAGCAUCACAACCUCUCCAAGUUCUCGCGAACGCCGCUCGUCGCCGAGCUCGGCGAGAUCGCCAUCUUUGUCCACCAGACGGUGCGGCAGAUCGUCGGCGACGAGAAAGCCGAUGGCAUGCUCGCCGAGAUUGCGCGCAUACUCCGAGAGCACCACGCGGACGGCGAGACGUCGUUCUUCUCGCGUCGAGUCGAGUUUGGCGCUGCGAGGCCGGCGCCGGACGAGAUCCGUCGACGUACCGAACGCGCCCGACCCUCGGCUCUUCCCCGGUCCACGGGUAGAAUCGCCGUCCUGACAGCCGAGCAGCUACCUCCAGGUCCCGAGCUCGCCAACGAGGCCGCCGAGGGACAAGGCGAGGUCGGUGAGGGACAAGACGAGGUCGGCGAGGGACACGACGAGGUCGGCGAGGGACACGACGAGGUCGGCGAGCCCAUCUCCGGUGCUCCAGAGCUGACGUCGGCGGCUGCGGCAGUCGGGCAGCUGACUUCGGACGAGCGGCGUGCGGUGAUCAAGGUCGCCGCACAGCUGGAGAGCGAGUUCGGCGGCACGCUGCCGAGGACCUCGUCGGGGUUCCCCAACCCGCUUGAGGCCUCGAGCGAGACCGCCUUCGUCUCGCUCGCCGCGGCGCUGCUCGAUCGGAGCAUCGAAAGCUGCGAUCAGCAGCGCCCGCUGCCGACCUCUCCGCCGGCGAUCCCCGUCACACCGGGAGAAAAGUGGGAGGCUCUUCGAGAGUACGGCUCAGGCCACAACUCGAUUGCGACUAUGGUUCUCGUCCUUUGCCGAGAGUGGCUGCGCCAGGCGGCGAGGCCCGGUUUCGACGGCCUGCGCUGCCCCGGCACCGGGCUCCCUCUGGUGUUCGGGGACGCGGGCCACCCGCUCGCCGGCUCGAUCGGCCAUUCGGUCCACGGCAUCCCCAUGGCACAUGGAUACCGCACGCCGGCACCUCGACAGCUCGCGUCCGAUUACCACAGGCCUGCCGACAACGUGUCGGUGGAAUCGUGGACGUGGAACCUGUGGCGGGGUUCAAACCGCUGCCUUCGGGCGGCACUGGAGCUGAACAAGCUUUUCGGCCUUGCAUGGAUGCGCAGCAUCCAUCCCGAGGGCCCUUUUUCGGCGUUGGCCCUCGACAGCGCCGACCUUGCCCGCAUCGAGACCCUAUCGGUGUCGUGGCACCCUGAUGUCGACCCCCGGAUCGACAUCAAUGUGCUGAGCCGCGGCGAGCAGAAUCUGUUCGUCCGGCUCACCGGCUGGACCCCGACGGCGUCGAGGCGUACCACCUAG